AUGGCUGAAAUUCACUUUCAAACUCACACUCCCACAGGAGCACCCACUAUUAGCCCCACCAUAAGCAAACCAUGCAUUAAUCCUUCAGAACCUGCUGCAGCUGGUUUCAAUUUAAUGGUUCUUAUAGCAGCCAUUGUUUGUGCUUUUGUUUGUGCUCUUGGCCUCAACACAAGGUUACAAUGUGUGUUCCAAUGUGCUAACCGUGUCCUUACACAGCCUCAGCAAUGGAUUGUUUCUCGCAGGCUCAAUUCUGGCCUCAAGAAGAAAGAAAUGGUAGCUUUGCCAACCUCAACUUACAACCAUUCUGGUUCUACUCCAUCUUCAGCUUCUAUUUGUGUCAUUUGCUUAGUAGAUUUCUCUGAUGGUGACAAGUUAAGGUUCCUCCCAAGUUGCAAUCACCGUUUCCAUGUUGCUUGCAUUGAUAAGUGGUUGCUUUCUCAUUCUUCUUGCCCCACUUGCAGGAACCACCUCAAGUCCAAUGAUUCAUUACACUCUUUAGAUAUUGUCAUAUCAUAG